GUCUAUUCCCAGGACCGGCUCGCACGGCGCUGAGACCCACACCGGGCCGGAGCGGGGGACCCGACCCGAAUGACCCGACCCGGGGCUCAGCCAUCCGUAACGUGAUUGAUACGUUAUGCGCUUAGUCAAAGGAGUAUAUAAAUCCGACUGAGGUAGCACCUAUGAUAGCUAUGUGAAUCAAACAACAAAGACUCGCAUAUCAAAAUGAAGGCCGUACAAAUCUUAGGCUCCGCCGAGAGCCACACCAUCUCUCUCACCUCCGACAUGGCGAAGCCAACAGCCGCCGCAAAUGAAGUUGUUGUCCAAGUCAAAGCCGCUGGAAUCACCGCAGACGAAGUCUCUUGGCCAGAACUUUACGCUUCUGAAGACCAAGUACCUGGCCACGACAUCUCGGGUGUUGUCGACAGCCUCGGCCCUGGCUACAACGGUCCGCUCCGGGUUGGCGAUGAAGUCUUUGGUAUGAUUGCUGCUUCAGCAAGACAGGGAGGCCAGGCCGAAUACGCUCCCGUUAUGGCGUCAGAGCUUUCAAUCAAACCAAAGACGAUUUCUCAUGAGAGCGCUGCUGCGCUUCCUAUCCCUGUACUCACUGCCUGGGAAGGAGUGUUUACCCACGCUAAGCUGCAACGGGGAGCAAAGGUGUUUGUCACUGGUGCAUCUGGUGCCGUGGGAAGCAUGGUUGUUCAAAUGGCUAGCAAGCUCUUGGACGCACAUGUGAUUGGACUGGCUUCGGGUACGAAACAGGCCGAUGUGGUAGCCCUUGGCGCGAAGGAAUGCAUCGACUACAGCGCUCCUGACUGGCAUCAGAAGGUCAAAGAUAUGGAUCUUGUGUUUGAUACAGUUGGCGGUGAAACGCUUGACAGGUGUUGGCAAACACUGAAAAGUGAUGGUCACCUUGUUACUGUCGGAGACCCUAUUCCAGAAUGGGCGUUUGGCCGCGGUGAACCAAAGGAGUUGGCGACUUAUCCGAAUGUGAAGUGGACAUUCUUUAUAGUAUCGCCAGAUGCUGAAAUGCUUCGCCAUAUCGGAAGCCUCAUAGAGGAAAAUGUCUUGAAGCCUCUAGCUAUUGAGGAGUUCGGAGUUGAUGACGCGAAAGCUGCAUGGGAACAUGCCGCCAAGCGUGGUAGGAAGGGCAAGGUUGUGAUCCAGUUUUAAGUAUGUACUAUUAUUAUUCUAAAAAUGAAA